AUGUCCUAUUUUAUCCAGACCCUUUCCAGAGUCCCUCUUGACAGCUUCUUGGCCAGCUGGCCUCUGUCCUUUCUGCUCUCUUAUAAAGAGACCAGAACUGGAAGGGUCUGGGCACAACACUGUGGGGAAGUUCACAUCCUGGUGCCCCCACUGCACAACCUGACCAUCCACUUCAGCUCUGCGUACGUGGCCAUCAACCAGCCCUUUGUGGAAGUCAUGCUGUGGGACCAGAGUGCCAUCGAUCUGCUGGCAUGGUCCAAGGACACCUACAGCCCUGAACAGCACUUCUGGGUGACACUCAACAGGAUCAUCAGGUCAUCAGGUGUCCCAGGCUCCAUGCCCAAUGCAUCAUGGGAAGGUGGCCUGAAAGCAGUGAAGUGGACUGAUAUGGAAGAGAGCCAUGGAGGUUGUCAUGGCCAUUAUGUCAGAGGCAUUUGUGUGUAUGGAACAGGUGACCUCAAGUGGCUUUUUAACUCCACCUGUAUGUUUGCAAAUAAGUUUGAGCUUAAAACAUACCCCCUGACCGUUGAGUGCCUGGAGCUGAGACACCGGCAGAGAACCUUGUCCCAGAGUGAGGUUCAGGUGGAACCCAACUGGUAUUUUUAG